AUGGACAAAGUCCCAAAUCACCCAUCGCGCAAAGAUUUCGUCAGAGGAGACUUUUACGCCACCAUUCCAAAAUUCACCGAACACCCAUCGUUAUGGUUCCGGAAACUCGAGGACUACUUUCACCGCAACAAGAUAACCUCGCCAACCACCAAAUAUUAUCGUGUUUUGGCGGAAAUUCCGAUGCGUGUAGUACUUGAAGUUCUUGAUUUGAUUAAGGAAGUUCCUGAGGAUGAGCCAUACGAGGAGUUGAAAAACGCUAUAAUCACGCGAAUGAAUGAAAUCUACGAAACUCGUGCGCGUCGCCUUCUUCCCGAUGUUGAGUUGGGCAACAGGUUACCGUCCGAACUGUUAGCGCAAAUGCGACAUGUGGUUGAGGGCACGCAGAUUGGCGACAUGGAACUGCGUCAAGUGUGGACCAAGUGCAUGCCGGAGGAGAUACGGCCCGCCAUUGAGCGUUGUACUUACGACACGCCACUGAACAGGUUGGCCGAUUUCGCUGAUACCAUGUUGAAAAACUGGCAAGAAGAUCAAAAUCGAACCAUCGAAUCCAUUGAAGAAGAGGCGAAACUCCCGGUCAACUUGACCAUGGAUAGACUUGAAAUGCUGCUUGAAUGGAUCUUUGCCAGGCUUGAUCGGCUGCAACAGUGA